GUUCUUCUUCGCGGGUUUUUCUUCCCACUUUGCUCAGAUCAAAACUGCAAACCCCUCGCCAAAGGCUUCCAUUCUCUCUCUCUCUCUCUCUCUCUCUCUCUCUCUCUCUCUCUCUCUCUCUUUUUGUGAUUGAUAAUGGAGACCAGGUUUCAUGGCUUACCUCCUCUGAAAAGAUUCAGGCUGAUGCAAGAAGAGCAGCAGAAAAAAGAGACCCAGUACGCCGCCGCCGUAUCAUUCCCUCUCCCAGCCAAAAAGAGGAAAGAAGCCUGGGAUCUGCAUCCGCCUGCCGCCGUGUGUUUGCCGGCCAAGAAAAGGAUCUGGGCGGUUCAGCCCAACCUCGUCCCGGAUGAAGAAACCUCGGCCUUCGACCUCAACAAGCCGCCGGUCGGCGACCAAGGAAACCGCGAUGAAAUUGCAGAAGGUGAAAAUGAAGAUGAUGAAAAUGGCGGAGAAGAGGAAGAAGAAGACGACGGGAUCGAAUGCGCCGUGUGCCAAAGCACAGACGGCGACCCUUCAGACCCCAUAGUGUUCUGCGAUGGCUGCGAUCUAAUGGUCCACGCAACCUGCUUCGGCUCGCCCCUCAUCAAUGGCGUUCCAGAAGGAGACUGGUUUUGCGCCCAAUGCUCGGCUUCUCAGCCGCCGCAACCCGGCGCCGGCGCAAGCCCUUUUUCUUGCUGCCUCUGUCCGGCCGCCGGCGGCGCCAUGAAGCCGACCACCGAUGGCCGGUGGGCUCACAUUGUGUGCGCUUUGUUUGUUCCGGAAGUAUUCUUCUCCGAUCCAGAAGGCCGAGAAGACAUCGACUGUUCGAAAGUUCCUGUGAGAAGGUUUGAGCAGAGUUGCUAUCUGUGCAAAACUGCGAAUGGGUGCGCCAUCGAUUGUUCUGAACCUAAGUGUCCAUUGGCGUUCCACGUGAGCUGUGGGUUGAAGGAGGGUCUUUGUGUUGAGUACAGAGAAAGCAGAGCCAAGGGUGCCAUUGUUGCUGGGUUCUGCAAAGGCCACACCGAGCUGUGGAAGAAGCAACAACAAACAGGGAAAUUCAAGAUUGUUGCAAGAGAUGAGACCAAGGAGUAGCGGAGCAAUUCUGUGAAUGUUAUGGAUGGAUCUGUGGGCAGAAACUUUGGGGGAGAUGUGUUAGCCAUUCGGAAAUUAGAGAUGCUUAUUAGUAAUUCUAGUGUUGAGAUGACUUUUACAAGUAAUGAAUGAAUUUGUUUUUUAGCUUUCCUCUA